AUGAACGGGGACAGGCCCACGGCCAAUGGAGAGCGCAUUCCAAAUGGCGUCGAUCAAGACGCUGCACAAGCCUCCCCCAAUGCCGGACACAUAAAGCAAGAGAGAGACGCCUUGAACCUGUCCGUUCCUGGCGGAGAAGGGUCAUCACAUGCCAAUGGAGACAGCCACGCCAGUCAAGCGUCCAAACGCGACAUGGAAAGUAGUGUUGCAAACGACGUUGAACGGGCGCCAUCGGACAUCCUCCACCUUAUUCCUAAAGACAAUUAUCUGCCCAUAGCGGCCCUGAUCAGUCGAGCCUCGCAAGCAUGCUGGAAUGGUUUGACGGACCUUGUGGAGGAACUUGCUUCCAUACAGGUGCCGGAACAACCAACGGAGCAGACCAAACCACUACCCAACAAUCUACCGAACAAUCAAACCACGGCCAAUUUGGACAAGAAAGAACGACUGCUCCAGUUCGCGAAUGACCAGAAGGCGGACUUCGUCAAAUUGCUGGUGCUUCUGCAGUGGAGCAAGAAUGUGGACGAUGUCAGCAAGACCAUCUCAAUCAACUUUUGGCUGAUGAAACGCCGUCAAGCCUAUUGGGAUGCCAUUGCUUCUCUGGCGGCUCUCAAACAAGAGUCUGCCGGCUUCCAGCUUCCCAAUCCCGAUCUGAAGGGAGCCGCGGAGGUUCUGUCAACGGGCAGAGUUCGCACUUUCUCCACGCUUGGCUACAUUCCGCAGGAAGAUCUAUCAGACAAGCAGAUCCUCCGGCUGCUGAGAACGUUGAACCGCUCUCUCAGCGUCAAAUUAACACUUUUGGACAAUCUUCCUUCCCAGUUGCGAAGGUACCGGGUCCAUGACGGCCGUAUCACGUUCACUAUCCCCAACGAGUUCGAGGUUGACCUUUCCAUUCUAGACGACAGUCCGGAUGCCCAAUUCCGCAUGGUAGAUUUCCGCUUUUGCUUCUCGCCCGCACCCCACGUCCCAGAAAGCCUACGCUCGGAGAUUGAAUUGUAUGCAAACACCAACAUUGACCGCGACGGACUGCAAGGUUGCUAUCUCUUCCUGCAUGAACUGGCGUUAUCUUACAAAUUGGCCGAAUUCCACAAGCAAGCGGUCGAGCUGGCAAGAACUCAGUGGGCGGGAAAUCUUCGUGUUGAAAUGAUUCGACGAAAUCUCGUCAUUCAGUACUGGCCGGAGAGGCAGAUCGGCAAGAGCUGGAUUGAAAUCGGAAUCGCCAGUGGAAAAGCGAAGAAGGAUGCCCGCAGUCAGGAGCUAGUUCCUUUCCUCGAGAUCAAAGCCAUGCGACAGGGCAAGAAGGUGGAAUCGCUACAGGUGCAUCUCCAGGAGUCCGUGUUGUCCCUUGACGAGGUCCUCCAUCAGGUCAUUGCCCAGCACUCGACAGACAUCCUGGACUCCAUCUACGACAAGUUGGUGCUUACAACACUCUUCGCAAAAGCCGAACUGGUACUGGAUCAGGACAUUUCGUAUGACGAUCCCGAGGAAUGCUCAUUGACCAUGCAAGUAUCUCGGUCUUCACGCAUUCAAAUCAAGAUUGAACCAGUCACCGGACUGCUACUGAUCAGUCCAGUGAGCGAAAGAAGCGAACGAUUGCAAUAUGAAAUCAACCGUAUACAUGGUGUCGCAGAUGAGAUCGUGUCGAAAUUGCUCAACUUCAGAUGCAGUGUGAGGGAGGCUUCGGUGUUUUCAGGCAUCACAGGUACCAGCUGGGAAGCCUUGAGAGCGUUCAAGCUCAAUCAAGCCGAAAUCAAGACGUUGUUUGGAACCCCCGUUGUCAGGAUCAACAUGUUCCGACAACCCCAAUGGGGAUUGGGAUAUUCUCUAGCCAUCACUCACGGGCAACACGGCGAUCACUGGUAUCUAUUACAGCAGUUACCGUCACCGGGACCAAAUCUGCAGCCGCGGUUUCACGUCAUUCGAAGCCAAGGGAUUGCGAUCAAUGAGGAAUUAUCCGGAGGAUAUUUCGAGCGACUUGCGGACUACGCCACAGGCCUGAUCUGCCUUCAACGGAAUGCCGACUAUCUGAAGGAAAGAAAGGAGGAGGUCAACCUUCCGCCAUUCCCGGCGUUCGGACGCAAGUACGAAUUGCCCGAAUUGACGUUUGAUCUGGAUUUGUCCCGACCAGCCCUAGGACUGUUGUCCAGCUCGCCGCCACAGCCAUCUUUGACAGACGGGGCGAAAACAUCUUCCACUGCCCCGGAUGUGAUAAAGAGUAUGAAACUUUGUUUUGGUGGGCUGGAUCGAGCCACGAACAAAGUUACCACGAUUGGGCAAUUCCAGAAUCGGGCAAGCUCUGCCGCACUGAAACACAUCGAUGCCUCUAUUUUGGGACCCCAUGUUACCCUGAACUCUGAAGAUCGAAGCGUCACUAUUCGAGUGCAAACUUCCAUCACUGAGGCUGCCAUUCCAGACAUUAUCGCCAAUGCCAUGGACCUUGAAAAGAUCGUAUCAACCGUGGAACAGCUCCAUCGCCUGCCAGGACUGCAAUUGAAGAAUCUUUCGAAUUCGGCCAUUACCAUCGCGUAUCAGAUGGAAGAGUCGAAAGAAUGUGGUCUGACCAUGGCUUUCACAAGAGGAAGCGAAGUUCCACAGCUGGAGUUUCUCCCCGCCAACGGCAAUCCACACGCUCUCCUAGCUACACAUUACGCCAAACUAUUUGCAGCAGGCCGUGUUCCAUUCGCGAGUCAAGUCCGUGAUCUGUGGACUUCUCUGAUAGUGACACUGCCGCUACUAACAUUUCUGCGCAAUCUCCAAGACAAGCAUGGGCUCAAUCUCAAAGAGUCGCCUGGCUCGUCGUCGGACAGCCAGAAAGGUGUGAUGCGGGUGCACCUCCUCACGAGGACGACUACAGCCUUUGGAGUUCAGUACUUCACGUCCGCCGCCGAGGUCCCUCGAGAUGUUGGGCCUGGAUCGCAUCCACAUUUGCUGGCUCGCCUGGAGAUCUUGCCCCAUCUCAAUGCCUCUCGAAAACCCAUGUGGUUGGUGCGGGCCGCCCUUGAAGAUUUCCAAUCCUAUUCGAGGCCAUCGUAUUGCAGUCAAGUAUUGCGGGACAAAUUGAGACAAGACAUAUUCGCUCGUGCAGACAAUGGGGGUAAGUGGUUGGCACUCGACUCGGCCGCGAUUUGCAAGGCCGAUCAACCGCAGGCAUUGCUCCAAGCCAUCCACGAUCUGCUUUGUGACUUUGUGAAGGAGGGAAAGGCGUCUGCUGCAGUUUCCGAGGGAGGAAACAAGCAGACUAAAGGCACGAACGUCGGCAAACAGAUCGGACGACAAGACGGCAACACCGGCAACACCGGCAACAAAACCGUUAAUCACCAAAAUCUCCCCAACGGCAACGGAGGUGGCAAUAGCAAUUCCAAACCCAGCAAAAUCCCGGUGUCGAGUAAAAUGCCGCCACAUGGAGACAAUGCUCCUCCCAAUGGAGGGAUCAAGCCUCAGUGGCCGCCUGCUAAUGCGAACAUGAACACGGGGAGACCAGGGGUUAACGCGAAAGGCAGUUCCAACGCCGGGAGAAAUAAGGAAGUGAUCACGCUUGACUGA